GGGGGCGCAGCGGAGCGGCGGCGGCGGCGCGCAGGGCCAUGUCGGCGCCGUGCCUGCGCCUGCCCGCCGCCGGGUCAGCACCGGCGGAGGCGGACAGCGCCGGCGGCAUGGAGCCGCCCGCCGCCGCCGCCGGGGCCGCCGCCCUGGAGCUGGCCCUGGAGGAGGAGCUGGCGCUGCUGGCCGCCGCCGGAGAACCGCCGGAGCCGCCGCCCGCCGCCGCCGCCCGCGACCCGGAGCUGCUCUCGCUGAUCCGGCAGAAGGAGAAAGACCUGGUGCUGGCGGCGCGGCUGGGCAAGGCGCUGCUGGAGCGCAACCAGGACAUGAGCCGCCAGUACGAGAGGAUGCACAAGGAGCUCACCGACAAGCUGGAGCACCUAGAACAAGAGAAACAUGAACUAAGGAGGCGAUUUGAGAACAAAGAAGGAGAAUGGGAAGGAAGGGUGUCUGAGCUGGAAAGCGACGUGAAGCAGCUGCAGGACGAGCUGGAGAGGCAGCAAGUUCACUUGCGCGAAGCUGACCGUGAGAAGACACGGGCUGUCCAGGAACUCUCCGAACAGAACCAAAGACUCCUGGACCAGCUCAGCAGGGCGUCGGAGGUGGAGCGGCAGCUCUCCCUGCAGGUCCACACCCUCCGGGAGGACUUUCGGGAGAAACAUUCCUCCAGCAGCCAACACAUCGUGCGGCUCGAGAGUCUCCAGGCUGAGAUCAAAAUGCUGACGGACAGAAAGCGGGAGCUGGAGCAUCGCCUUAGUGCCAUGAUGGAGGAGAAUGACCUGCUCCAGGGAACCGUGGAGGAGCUGCAGGACCGAGUCCUCAUCCUGGAGAGACAAAGCCAUGACAAGGACCUGCAGCUGCACCAAAGCCAGCUGGAGCUCCAGGAGGUGCGGCUGUCCUACCGACAGCUGCAGGGGAAAGUAGAAGAGCUCAGUGAGGAGAAAAGUCUCCAAAAUUUCAACACGACCAGCACGUCCCUGCUAUCCGAGAUAGAGCAGAGCAUGGAGGCAGAGGAGCUGGAACAAGAACGAGAACAGCUGAGGCUGCAGCUCUGGGAAGCUUAUUGCCAAGUGCGAUAUCUCUGCUCCCACCUCAGAGGAAACGACAGCGCAGACUCAGCAGUCUCUACAGACUCCUCCAUGGAUGAGUCUUCAGAAACCUCAUCAGCCAAAGACGUCCCAGCCGGCAGCCUACGGGCAGCUCUCAGCGAGCUGAAAAGACUGAUACAAAAUGUGCUGGAUGGGGCAGACUCCACGAGCUCUCGACGAAGUGACGAUGACACCUUAGAGGAACAGAUCAGGCGAACAAGUGAGGAUUCGCGAGCCCUGAGGGAAUUAAUGGAGGGAGAACGGGGGAAACUGAGGCAGAGUUUGGAGGAGCUGCAGCGACUGCACAGCCAGGUCACGCUGCUGAGCGUGGAAAUGACGACGCUGAAGGAGGAACGGGACCGGCUGCGAGGUGCUGCUGAAGACAAGGAGACAAGUGAACGGCUCUUGCAGGCCAUCAGGGACCGAGAUGAGGCCAUUGCCAAGAAGAACGCGGUGGAGGUGGAGCUGGCCAAGUGCAAGAUCGACAUGAUGUCCCUCAACAGCCAGCUGCUGGACGCCAUACAGCAGAAGGUGAACCUCUCGCAGCAGCUGGAGGCCUGGCAGGAUGACAUGCACAGGGUCAUUGACCAGCAGCUGAUGGACAAACACCCGAAGGAAUGGAGCCAGCUUGCUUAUUCCUUCUCCAGUGGCUAUGGCGCAAAGCGGAGUGCCAGACCCUCCCCCGUGUUCAGGCCGGAGCAGCAAGGGGACGAGCCUGUUGGGGCAGAAGGGAACCGGCUCUUUUCCUUUUUCAAGAAAAAUUAAUUUGAAAAAGAGAAACCUCUCCAACGAUUCCUGCUUCAAGAUGGGGAGGGGAACAGCUGUCCAGCUUGCUGAUGGACCCAACUCUGAUCCACUAAGAAAAAAAGAAGGGGGCAAAGGAGUUAACCCUUGAGACUCUGCACUAUUUACACUGCACCUGGUCUGAACCAAAUGUUUACAUGAAUUGGAGAUUUGCAAAGUGAUGUGAUACUAAUAGAAAGAAACUUUUCUUACUCUUUAAGUGAAGCGAUAAACUUCAGGGUAUAUUUUAGGCGUUUUGACACAGUCCAGUUUCUGCUGUGAAGAAUAAUCUGAUUGUCUUGAAAGCAUUCUCAUGCUGGAGAAGGAACUAAGCAGCCCCAAGAUAAAGCAGCAGAGGGGAUUGAGAGCUGCCAGCACGGCAAGCACAGGGGGAGGAAGAGGGCUGAAUGCAAGAGAAGAGAGGAGAGUCACCAGCCUCCGGUCCUGGCAGCUGUGAUGUCCUUCAUCCAUCCCACUGAGACAGGAGUCGCUCUGGCCGCAGAAUUGCCGUGUUUUGACCAGUGUAGCUUUCUCUGUGGUGGAAGUUGAGCCCUCGCUGCAGAUCCUGCCUGGGCGCCGUCUCCCCUGCAGCUCUGCAGAGCUGUUCGCUCCUCGCUGGGAAUCCAGGCUCCUCACACGUCAGGGCACUUGUAAGAUUGCUCAUGUUACCGUCUUCUCUAGCUCCCUCCUGUUACAGAAAUAAGAGUUGCCAGAGUCUGUAGUUACACAGAAUGUUCAGGAUUUUUCCCCAAGAGACUGACCAUCUACAACAGAUUACAGACUGGAUAGUAGUUGUGGAUGUUCAGUCCUGGGGCACCUACUGUCCCUCCAAUGGCCAAAGGUCACUGUGGAGCUUCAGCAGAUCACACACCUUUCCCCAAAGCCAUGCACCCCUCCCAAACAGAGUGGGAAACCUGUCAUUUUAACUGGAAGGGCCCCUCAACAGCCUAACUAAUAAUUCACUGAAAGCCUACGUAUAAUGGUGUCAGUAGGUCUUUGACGCUGGGUUGGCAGACUUGAUCCUCAGAAAGCAUGCAAGCAUCUACCUUCACUAAAGCCAAAGGCAAUUAGGGUGUCUACAAAGCUCUGGAAAGCCUGUGGUUUACUCCGUCCCGCGCAGUAACAUUAGCUAUGGCCUGACAAAAAUGAUGAGUAUUUGUCCCUGCCUGCAGGUCAUUUACUACUCAGCCCUUUGGUGAGCAGGCAGCCAACCCUCCUUUUUGAUGAAGAUGAUCAGAGCCUGCUUUGCUGUAAGCACGACUGGAUCAACAAGAAGGAACAUAGCUUACUUGGUGUAUGGUGCUGGAAAUCCUGCAAUACUUCAGUGGGGACCUUCCCCAUGCACUGGAUGGGCACCUUACAGCUCUUUAACACAGCCUACCAUCACAAACCAGCAAGGAACGCCAGCCGGAGUUCAGAGAUAUCCUGCUGCUCUCAUGCAAUUUGCACACAUUCUCCAAGCUCACGAUACCCACAGGCCCUAAUUUGUUUCCCUGUUGCUCUAAAGAGGCUCCCGCCCACACUGUCCCACUGCCACGGAGCGAGGUACCGUCAGCUCUGCCCUGCUCAGCAGCUUAGGUGCUAAAUCACCAUCCCACAGGAGCUGCUGUCUCUGCUCACUAUGUACAGUGACAAGCUUUCUGCUAGAAUUAGGUAUCAAACACCUUCUUCUAAGAAGCAGGUAAGAGGUUGGUGGUUUGUUUUUUGUUAUUUAUGGGAUAGGACAUCCAUAAUACCUCAGUACAAAUACCCUUUCUGCCUACAAAGAUUUGAGCAUUCAUGUAUCUCCUUGUUGGCAUGAAACUACCACACUGGCAUGAAAUCAUCUUGCACUGAGGUAGCUCCAUGUUGCAAGGAGCAGAGUACUCUUUGGGAUUGAAAACAACGGUAAAAAAAUGAGUGGUAAAACCUGUUUACUUGAAAGCAACGAAACCUGGAUUGCAGAUCCUACUCCAGGAAAUUCAUAGGUAAAGCACCACCAGUACAGCUUGAUGCUCACAGGGAAAGGAAUCUGGAGUCUCACAGGCAGGGAAGGACUGGACCUUGGCCUCUCUAGGCGAUGCUCAGCUGUGGAGUAUCUGCUUGUACCGACUUGUGCAAGUCUGGGAAAGGACUUAGUGCAGUGGCAAGUCCUCCCGCUCCCGACUUACUGUGUUGUGACUCUCAAUAGGGCAGAGAUAUGAGGCAUGAGCUCAGCAUCUCCUGCUGUCAGGACUCCAUUACACCCAUAUACGUUAACACUAUCUUUGAUGCCUGCAAAAUUAGGCGCGCGUUCAUGGAUGCCAGCGAUACCUGUGACCAGCUGUCUUCUACACGUUGUUUGAAAACUAUGUUUUGCUGAUUGUGGGAGAGCCAUGUGAACAUCUUGGUCCUCACAGGCCGGUUUUCUGCUGUCAGUUGUCACUUCCCAGGCCCCAGCAGCUCUUCAAGCCACAUGCCCAGCAGCAGCGUGGGACUCUACCCCCGUAAGGAUGGAUGUAUGUAUGUACGUAUGCAAUCCUAAGGCAAGGGCCUUAAGUUAUCCAAUGAAGAUGCAGUAAUGAGAUGAAGAAAGGUGCCUUCUGCUACGUUUUUGCUGAGAGGAAAGUGACUCCUUCAGUUGCAGGGGUAUGCAAUUGAAAUACACGGCACAUCUCUUCAUUUAAGGAGGAACCUACCUUAAUCCCAUUGCAAUUUUAUUUAUUUAAUAAGAGUGAUGGAACAGAUUGCAAGAGUCAGCAUGUUCUAAGGUGCCAGGUGGGUACGGUUUCUUAAAACUAGCCCCUUAACCUUAAAGAUUUAGUUGCACUACUAAACCCUGAAAUACAAGAGGAUUGGGUUUAAUGAACUGGACCACACACCAAAGGAGACCUCCUUGUGCUGAGCUGCUACUCAACAGGAACAGAAACUGCCUUAACACAGCAGCUAGGUUUUGUUGUUUCGUCUUCAAAAACCUCAUCAACGCAGUCCUUCACGAUCUCAUUUGUCAUGUUGUGUUCAACAAGGUCCUGACUGUUUCACCUUGAGCUGUCAUUAAAACACUCAUCUCCAUCCUGUCACAGCCAGGAGCCUGGAAUCAUCCUUGCAGUGUUGGGCUGGAAGACACUCCGCUUGUGAUAUUUGAUACUUCUAGGACACACGGCAUAAAGGAAACAUCAGCUCCGGUGAAUGAGAUGGAGGAAGCACAUUAAUCCAGCAGGUACUCAGGAUCCCAAAGUAGAUCUAAAGAGUGGGAUCGGCAGCUUGAAAUACAACGCUCACCCUUGUUUUUGAGAUAAUGGUAAACGGAACAGUAGCGCUGCACAGUCACUGCUCAAACACUGCGCAGAGAUGCCUGCUGAGAUUAAGGUUACAAAGAACCUCCCCACGGUUAAGUAACAGGUGACUGCUCAGAAAAAUGUUCAUUAUGCCAGCCGAAGGGAAAAGGAUCAAUCUCGCUUUAGGAAACUCUGCCAGGGAAUCAACUGGAAACAAGGAACAAGUAAGUGUCAAUGAGAGGCAAGUCACUAGCACUUUAUCGUAACCCAAACUUAGAUCUGCAACUUGCCGUCGCGAUGAACAAUAGAUCAGUUCAUGACAACAGAGUAAUUUUGCACAAAGAGGCAAGAAGUGAGGUUACAGGCAGCGCUGCAUGCACAAGGACUCGAUAGCUGCACGCACUUGUCCUGCUUAGAGUGGUAAACUCCAGAUCUGCCUCCACAUCAGGCAAACUCUCUACUCCCCACUGGCUAUAAAAAGCAAGAUUGUUUUAACCAAAAAGCCAAGGAAGGAAGCGUCUGGGUGCUGCAGCAACGAUUCCCUUCGAUUGAGAGGGAAAAAGCACACAGCAGGGACAAGCAGAAAGAAUGUAUCCAUAGAUAUGUACAUAUACCACAGUGCUGUAAUUUUUGUAUGUAGCAGUAAUGUAAAUAAAUGUAUGGUUUUUAUAAGAUACAUAUUAUAAAAAUCUAUAAAGGCAUAUUUUUAGUAAAAAUGCUCUACUUCUUUUGUAAAUAGUUCUCUUCAGAAUAAAACAGAUCAUUUAUAUGA